GAUAUCAUAAAAUCUCCAAAUAAAGUCUAGCUUACAAGAUCAUGAUUUAUAUCUAAAAUCUAUGUUUAAUUUACAAGAUGGCUAGCCUUCUAACUCGUCACUCCCCUCGUUUUUCCCCGUCCUUGACUUCGCUUCCUAAAAUGGUGGAUAAGGAAAAACUAUGAGAUAACUCAGUCAAUCCAGAGUGCAGAUACGGACUGAAGAAGGACUUCUAGUUUGGUGCAGUUACAUUUUGGUGCCGUCUGUGGGAAUCUGAACUAAAGGCUCCCUUGUUGCUCUUAUCAUGGUUAAAACUUGGUCAGCCCGAGGUGGAAACUCGUCUCAGCCUCUUGGACGAGGUUAGGUCCCCAGCAACCUUCCGCCUCAUCCCCCACCCCCAAUCCCAAAUACGUUCCCUCCUGUUGAUCAUGUAGAAGGAGAAGAUGAAAAUUAGCCACACAAUUCGGCUAGCAACUCAGCUGCUACUACUAACCAAGACGUAGUUGUAACUCAGCUCGCUGCCAUGCAACAGCAGUUUGGUGUUUUUCAGCUAGUGCUGGCUCAGCUAUUAGCCCGGAAUAAUCCUGGUGAUCCACUCAUCAACCUACUUAAUCCUGCUCCACAACCUCCAGCCCCACCACAAAAUCCUGAACCAGUUCAACAUGCUCCCGUUGUUAGUGAAUCUCAGGGCCAAUCUCACAUUGCACCAGCUCAGCAACCCCCUCAUAAUGAUGUCACUCGACGUCUAGAUAGCCUAGAAAAGCUAGUGGUUGAACAGCGAGGUGUUCCACCUCCCCACCCUGCUACUGACUCCAUACCCCACCCUCUCAACACCAAUAUUAUCUUGGAACCCUAUCCCGCUGGCUUUAGAAUACCACAGCUUGAAACUUAUGAUGGGACGAAGGACCCCGAUGAUCAUCUACAUGCUUUCUACUCCUGCAUGCAGGCCCAGAAUGCCUCUGAUGCGUUGAUGUGCAAAAUCUUUCCCUCUACCCUCCGAGUGCUGGAGGUUAACUCUUUCGACCAAGCUGUGGGAAUUACAGCCGUGAUCUCAGGUCUUAGCCAUGAGAGAUUCAGAGAUAGUCUGCUCAAACAUCCUGCCAACACCUUCAACGAGGUAAAUGAUAGAUCGUUGAAAUUCAUAACUGCUGAGGAAUAUGCCAUGUCGCAGAACCUAACUCCUAUUAAGAGCCAACACCCAGACUGGAGAGAUAAGAAUCCGAACAGGAAACGGAUGAAGACAACACAGAACCGAGGUCCAAUGUCGACUUCCACCCUGAGAUUUGGAAAGCCGAACUCCGCACCUCCGCAACAACCUGCAGGUAAACCUCCAGUUAAUUGGACUCCUUUUAAUUUAUCGAGGUCACAAAUCUUUAUGCAGAUUAAGAAUAAGAUGGACUUAAGGCGUCCGGAUCCAAUGAGAACUGCUGCUGUUACCAGAGACCAUACCAGGGAACAAGGGACACAGCAUCAAGGAGUCUGCAAUCUCCCAAACAGGCAAGGUGUGGGAUAUCAGCAGGCCCCACCCCCACUCCCACCACCAGCUAGAGUCAUACACAUGAUUACAGGGGGUCUGGAAGCAAGUGGAUUGAGCUCUAAGCAGCGAAAGUUGUAUGUCAGAGAGGUUAAGCACCAGAACCGAGGUCAGAAGCGAAAAUUUGACGAUGCUGAGUGGAAGAAUCAACCCAUCACUUUCACAUCUGCUGAUCUCGAAACAGUUGUCACACCUCACAAUGAUCCUCUAGUCACUUCUGUCACGAUCAACAAUUGUGAGGUGCAGCGUGUCCUUGUUGACACCGGGAGUGCACCAGACAUCAUGUACUUCCAUUGUUUUGAGAGCCUUGGGUUAGAUCCAUCUCUGUUGCAGCGGUAUGAUGGUCCCAUCUACGGGUUCAACAACCAACCAGUUCCAGUUGAAGGCGUCCUCACCAUGAAUGUUGCAUUUGGAAGUGGUAGAAGUUAUGUGACCCCUUCAGUCAGGUUUCUGGUAGUCAAGAUGGCGUCCUCAUUCAAUGUCGUCAUUGGUCGACCCACACUGACUGAAAUCCGAGCUAUGGUUUCCCAAUCUCAUCUAUGUAUGAAAUUCCCAACUCCUACGGGAAUAGCAACGCUGCGAGGCAACCAGGAGGUGGCCGGGCAUUGCUAUAUCACCUUGGUAACGCAACCUCAGAAGGGCAAGGCUCAGCCACCCGAAAUUAAUCCUAAACGGAUUCCUAAUGAUUGGCAAGUUAUGGGUGUUGAGAUAGUAGAUAACCGACCAGAAGAUGAAACCAGAGCUACUCCAGUCGAAGAUGUGGAGGAGGUACAGAUUGAUGACAGAGAUCCAAGCCGGAAAAUGCAAAUUGGGACUAAAUUGAACCCGGAGGAAAGAGCAGAGCUAAUAGCUUUUCUUCGGGCCAAUAAAGAUGUUUUUGCAUGGACUUCAGCAGAUAUGCCGGGAAUUCCCACUUCAGUUUUUCAACAUAAACUCAGCAACAAUCCCCUCAAGAAACUAGUAGCCCAGAAGCGACGCCUCUUCGGGGGGGAGAGGUUAAAGGUUAUUAAAGAAGAGGUCGAGAAACUCCUACAAGUCGGCUUUAUCAGAAGGGUAGAUUAUUGUGAGUGGGUCGCCAAUCCGGUGUUGGUGAAAAAAGCAAACGGUAAAUGGCGGAUGUGCAUUGAUUACACUAACCUCAACGAUGCAUGUCCAAAGGACUGCUACCACCAGGUCCCAAUGGCUCCUGAGGAUGAAGAAAAAACCUCGUUCUAUGCUGGUGAUGAGAUCUAUUGCUAUGUAAUGAUGCCCUUCGGCUUGAAGAACGCAGGUGCCACUUACCAGAAGAUGGUUACCAUCGUAUUUCGAGCUCAGAUAGGACGGAAUUUGGAAGUUUAUGUUGAUGAUAUAGUGGUAAAGAGUUUGAAAGCUGACGAUCACUUAACCGACCUUGAGGAGACAUUCAACAAUCUCAGACAGAAUAGAAUGAGGUUAAACCCAGCCAAAUGCAUCUUUGGUGUGGAGUUUGGAAAAUUCCUGGGUUUCAUGGUUUCCAGGAGAGGGAUUGAGGUCAACCCAGAGAAGAUCAAAGCAAUUGUUGAGAUGGAACCGCCGAAGUCAGUGAAGGAUAUACAGAGGUUGACCGGAAGGAUAGCAGCUCUUCAUCGGUUCAUAUCGAAGUCAGCAGAUAAGUGCCUACCAUUUUUCAAGAUUAUGAGGUCAACUGCCCAGAAAGAUGAAUCGGGUAAACAGAAGAAGUUUGAGUGGACUCAAGAAUGCCAAGCCACAUUCGACGAGCUGAAGUCUUAUCUUAGCUCACCACCUCUACUGACUAAAGCCAAAGAUGGAGAAAUCCUCUAUUUAUAUCUGGGAAUUUCAGAUGAAGCCAUUAGUCCGGUUCUGGUAAGAGAAGAAGCCAAGCAGCAGAAACCAAUAUAUUAUAUCAGCAGUGUGCUGCAUGGAGCCGAACUGAGGUAUCCUAUAGCUGAGAAAGCAUCCUUAGCAGUUGUCACUUCGGCCAGAAAGUUGAGGCCAUAUUUCCAGUCGUACCCGAUCAUUAUUCUUACAGACCAACCCCUUCGGCAGAUUCUGCAAAAGCUUGAGUGUUCUAGAAGAUUAAUUAAGUGGGCAGUAGAACUGGAGGAAUUUGAGAUAACAUUUCAGCAGAGAUAUGCAAUCCGAGCUCAGGCACUAGCAGAUUUUAUUGUAGAGUGCACUCCAGGUAAUUCCAUUCCUACUCUAGAGCCCAAUGACUGGACCUUAUAUGUUGAUGGGGCAUCUAGUAGCAAAGGUUCAGGAGCUGAUGCUCUCUUGAUUGGCCCAGAUGGAUACCGAAGUGAACAUGCCCUGAAGUUCAACUUCGAUGCAACAAAUAACAUGGCUGAGUAUGAAGCCCUGCUACUUGGUUUGCAACUAGCAUUGGAAUUAAAACUCAGUGCGAUCCAAGUAUACAGUGACUCCCAGCUGGUGGUGAACCAAAUUAACUCAAUCUGCGAAGUUGUUGAUCCUGUGAUGAUAAAAUAUGUAGCUCUGGUGGCCGAGCUGAAGUGCAAAUUCCAGAAAUUCUGUCUGAGCAAAAUCCCCCGAACUGAGAAUGAACAGGCAGAUUCACUCUCUAAAUUCGCCUCUGAUAGUUCUUCACAGUCCAGAUCAGUUUUCGUGGAGGUCUUAGAUGAACCAAGCUUCAUGAAGCCACGGGUGAUGGAGAUCAGCACCGACCCAGGCACACCGAGCUGGACUGACCCAAUCCUCUCAUUCUUACGAGACGGAAUAGUACCUGAGAAUAGUCUCUACGAAGCGAAGUAUGCACUUCGCGAAGUACAUGAAGGUGUCUGUGGAAGUCACUUCUUUGCACACCUAACUCACCAGCCUACAGAAGAGCUCACUACGCUGGUAGCACCAUGGCCAUUUGCUCAGUGGGGAUUGGAUCUUUUGGGCCCAUUCGUGAAAGGGGUUGGUGGUGUAACCCACCUGAUUGUUGGUGUAGAUUAUUUCACAAAAUGGGUUGAAGCUCGGCCAUUAUCCAGUCUUACUUCCAAGAAGGUCGAAGACUUUGUUUUCAACUCAAUCAUCUGCAGAUAUGGGAUCCCGAAUCAGAUUGUGGCUGAUAAUGGAACUCAAUUUAACUGCACCUCUUUUCGAGAUUUCUGUUCCAGCUACGGGAUUAAACUACAGUUAACCUCGGUUUACCAUCCAGAGUCCAAUGGCAUGGUCGAAUCUGUUAACAAGUGCAUCUUAGAAGGUAUAAAGCCGAGGUUGGAACAACACAAGGCCAAAUGGGCAGAUGAGCUCAACAACAUCCUCUGGGCAUACAGAACCACGAGCCGAACUGCCACAGGAGAAACACCCUAUCAUUUGGCCUUUGGUAUCGAAGCAGUCAUUCCUGUCGAGAUAGGAGUUCUAAGCUUUAAGGUCACUCAUUUCGAUGAAGGACGAAAUGGACAACUACUUCGGGAGAACCUUGAUCUGCUUGAAGACGUUAGAGAAGAAGCACGACUUCGAACUCUAGUCUACAAGCAAAAAAUAGCAAACUUCUACAACAAACGAGUUCGACCCCGAACAUUCAAAGUAGGAGACCUUGUUCUCAGGAAAGUAGGUCUGACAAGGUUCGAAACUCGAUUCGAAAAAUUAGCACCAAACUAGGAAGGCCCCUACACUGUCGCCGAGGUGCCGCACCCAAGUGCUUAUAUCCUACGGGACACUGAAGGCAAAAGGGUUCCCAGAGUCUGGAAUAUCAAUAAUUUGAAGAAAUGUUACCCCUAAUGCAUCUCUUUCCAGUAAACGUUGUCUCAUUUUUAUAUUCGUUGUUAUUCUAUAUGUGUUCAAAUUCAAUUCAUUUAUCUCAAUAAUGAGUGUCACUUCAC